AUUUUUAAAGACUAAUCAAUGAGUUCAUAAAUUGACCUGUUUGCACAUUGAAUCGAUAGUUCAUCUAUUGACCUAUUUGCACAUCUAAUUGAUAGAUUCAUCAACUGACUGCUAUUCAACCAUUUAAUCGAUCAGUUCAUCACUUGACCCCAAUACAAAUAUUUAAACAUUUAAUCAAUAAGUUGAUCGAUGCGAUAAAGUUUAAAAUAUGAGUUUGGGGAUCUAUCGUCCCCAACAUCCGCCUUUGGACCUUGGGUUUGCUGCAUUUGGUCUUACCGCUCAACAGAUCUAUCUGGCAUGAUAGGACUUUGAGUAACGAUUGUCCCAGACAUUAUGGCGCGAUUGGUCAUAAAGACAGGCACACCUGACGACCACUUCAAGGUAGCAACAACGGCCGGGACCUAACCUGUAAGCCUAAGCAUAAUUACAGAUCUGCAAUCAUUUGUGCCCAAAAUGUGUAUAUUUCUUCUGAUCCAUCCUUACAUCUAUAAAGUGAACUUUUUUUCGUUUAGGUAACCAAAAUGAUUCAAUGCGAACACCGAACGCCAUACUUGGAAUUCGUUAUUGAACAUAUUGUGUUUAUUUUCAAACUCCUCUGGUGCUUUUUUCGUGAAGUUGCCAGCUAUAUUUUGCAAACAAUCAGUCCAGUUUAUAAGGAUCUUUCAUCGGACAUUAUACUUGUCACUGGUAACUAUUAUUGUAUAACAUUAUACUUUAAUUUUCUUCAACUCUCCAGGUGCAGGAAAUGGUAUUGGCAGGCUCAUGUGUUUGGAGUUUGCGAAAUUUUGUCCAAACAUAAUAGCUGUUGAUAAGAAUGAGAAGGGUCUAUUAGAAACAUCGAAGUUGGUUCAUAAGGAAACUAACAUUCAAAUUAAAUUUUAUGUAUGCGAUUUAAGACACAAAAAAGCUAUUGAUGAACUAUCGACAAGCGUUUUGAAAGAAUUUGGAAAAGUUACUGUUUUAGUGAAUAAUGCGGGUGUCAUGAAUGCAGAAUUUAUCACUGACUUAACACAUGAUUCCAUAGAAGAUUGUUUCCGAGUCAAUGUCUUGUCACAUUUCUAUUUAAUUCAAGCAUUCUUACCAUCUAUGAUUAACAAAAUAGAUGAGAAUUCAAGCUCUGGUAUUCCAGUCAAAUUUCGUCAUCCCAGAGGACAUAUCGUUUGCGUUUCAUCAAUAGCUGGUCGGGUACCUCUAGCAGGUGGUGCAGACUAUUGUGCAUCAAAAGCUGCAGCUCUGUUAUUUUCUGAAUCAUUAGAAUUGGAGCUGCUUAAGUUGGGUGUGGAUGAUGAAAUUCGUGUUACACGUAUAUUACCUUUUCUACUUAAUACAGAUAUGUUUAAGGGUGUUACACCCAAACAUCCUUUGCUCUUCCCUACUGUGGAUGCAAGCUAUUGUGCAAAUCGAAUCGUUCAAUCUGUACGUUUAAAUGAACGAGUUGUUUAUGUAUCGGCCCGAUAUCGUAUACUGCCCAUCUUACAAAUACUUUUUCCAACUAAAACGAUCCAUUGUCUGUAUGAAUACGCUAAUACAGGCAUGUAUGUUGAUCAAUUGAAGCUUUAUCGAAAAAAAAUCGGUGCCUUCAGUUAACCAAAGCACUUAACUUUUCUGUAAUCGCCUAUCAUAUACAUAAAUACUUUGAUUAAUUCAAUUAAUUCUUUUUACGUUUAAAUGAGCUCUUUGAUACUUAUUCAUCUGGUUUUUUUUGCGUAGAUUAAGAAAUAGAUGUUGAUUACGCGAGAUAUAUAGUCGUUCAAAGUUGUGUUGUGAGAAGUGUUUUGUGUGUUUAUCGUGUGCUUUUUUUAGACUGCAAUUAACAACCACUUGAUUAUCAUGCGUACUUUUACACUUGUUUUAUUUUGUACUGCCUAAUAAUACCUCUAAUAUGUUCAAUGUCCUUUGGAUAUUUAAAACAUUUCAUCUACUCGUUUACGGUUUUUUUCAUUCAUAAGUUUAAUUUUUGAUUUCUUUCCGAUAAACAAUGUGAUUAGUAGAAAGUUCAAACGAUUCAGUCGAUAUCAUAUCUUUUCAUGUUUAAUUUUGACCUAUUAUACAACAAUCAUUCAAUGUUACAGCUUACUACCAAAACUCUGCAUAUUUUCUCUAUAAAUUAGCCAUUAGUGACCACAUGAUAUUUAUCAGUCUGUUGAUUUUGUUGAAUGUUAUUGAAAUCUGUUAUACCUUGAAUCCCUAUCAGUAUAUGAUACCAUCAAUUAGAGAAGUGAUUUAUCGACCGAACCAAUGAUGUAUAAAACCUGUAAGAACUGUCUAGAGUUUUUAUCGGUCCCUUCUUCCUACCUAGCCCUGCCUGUUGAGUUCAGAACACUGAUCUCAGUUUCUGAACUAUGAAUCAUGUACUCC